AUGGACAAUAACAAUAACAACAAUAGUAGUAAUAGUAAUAAUAAUAGAAUAAUAAUAGAAUGUGUACCAAACUUUUCAGAAGGAAGAGAUCAAAAGAUAAUUGAUUCAAUUGCUAAAUCAAUAUCAUCGAUUCAAGGAUGUCAACUGUUAAAUGUUGAUCCUGGUGUAUCUGCAAAUCGAACUGUGUAUACAUUUGUUGGUACACCCGAUCAAGUGGUUGAUGCAGCUGUAGCUGCUGCUCGUACUGCUUAUAAUCUCAUAGACAUGGCAAAGCAUGUUGGGGAACAUCCUCGAAUCGGAUCAUUGGAUGUGUGUCCCUUUAUACCAGUUCGCAAUGCAACCAUUCAAGAUUGUAUCGAUUGUUCAAUUAGAUUUAGCGAGAGGGUUGCAACCGAACUCAACGUACCAUUGUACCUCUAUGAAUUCUCAUCGACCAAGGGGCCACACAGAAAACAACUACGCCAAAUACGAUCGGGACAGUAUGAAGGAUUGGCUGAAAAGAUCGUAUCAGAGGGUUGGGAACCAGACUAUGGACCACGAGAGUUUGUACCGAGGUAUGGAGCAACAGUUACUGGUGCAAGAAACUUCCUGAUUGCUUAUAAUAUCAAUGUCAGUGGAACUAAAGAGCAAGCACAGGAAAUAGCUCAGCGAGUUAGAUCGUCGGGUCGAUGUGAAGGCGAGCCACCGGGCACUCUAAAAAUGGUCAAGGCGAUUGGAUGGUGGAUGAACGAAUACGACUCGGCACAAGUAUCGUUGAAUCUAGACGAUCACAACGUGACACCUAUCCAUGUAGUCUAUGAAGAGGUCAAGAGACAGGCAGAGUCGAUGGGUCUAAAAGCAGGCGGAUCAGAGAUAAUAGGCAUGAUACCACUAGAUGCAAUGUUGGCAGCUGCUCAAUUUUACAUUGAACGUGACAAUCUAUUUAUACUAGACGAACCAUCAAAGAUUGCAUUGGUAAUCGAUCGUCUUGGAUUAAAUGCAUGCAACAGAAUAUUUGACCCUGAAAAAUGUAUAGUAGAUUAUAUGAUUAGAAAGAAUGACCCGUCAUUUGAAAGAAUGCCAAUACACCAAUUUAUAGAUAUGAUAGCCUCGAAAAAUACAAACCCUGGUGGUGGAAGUGCAUCUGCAUUGAUUGCAUCGGUUGGUAUUGCUUUGGGAUCGAUGGUUGGUUGGAUGACCUAUGGACGAAAGAACUCUUCGACACAUCUUGACGACAAGAUGAAAUCACUGAUUCAAUCACUCGAUCAAAUAAUGAGACAAUUGACACCAUACAUUGACGAAGACCCAAAAGCAUACAACAACUAUAUCAAUCAAGUCAAACAAAACCCAAAUCAAAUCAAUCGACAGGUAUUAAAUGAAACAGUAUUGGUACCUCUAAGAAUGAUGAGAUUAGGUAAUCAAUGUUGGCCAUUGAUGGUAGAGAUUGCCAAUCAUGGAAACUUUGCAUCUCUACCAGAAUGUCAAGUUGGUGCCAAGUCACUUCACUUGGGUAUUUGGGGUGCAAGUAGAAAUAUUUUUGUAAAUGUCAACCAAAUCAAAGACGACGAAUCAUUUACCAAACCAAUCCUAGAUGAAGUAAAUGAAAUUUUAAUAUCAAGUAAACAAUCUCGUAAAUUGGUCCUUGGAAUAUUAAAUCAAAGAAUUGAACAAGAACAAGGAAAUUAA